GCGUUUGUUUCCCUCGGAGCGCCGUGUCCUACUCCUACUCCUCCAUCACCACCUCCUCUCCUUCCCAGUCUCGCGGUCGCGGCCACACACGCACGGCACCACUCGUAGAAAAAACACCACAUCGAUCUCUUUCUUAGUCUGCGCCGGCGGCGGCGGCAUGGCGACUACGAACGGGAGCAGCAAGGUGUUCGAGGUGCCCAAGGUGGAGGUCAGGUUCACCAAGCUCUUCAUCGACGGCAAGUUCGUCGACGCCGUCUCCGGCAAGACGUUCGAGACCCGGGACCCUCGCACCGGCGAGGUGAUCGCCACCGUCGCCGAGGGAGACAAGGCCGACGUCGACCUCGCCGUCAAGGCCGCCCGGGAGGCCUUCGACAACGGGCCCUGGCCCAGGAUGACGGGCUACGAGCGUGGGCGGAUCCUGCACAAGUUCGCGGACUUGAUCGACGAGCACGUGGAGGAGCUGGCGAUGCUGGACACGGUGGACGCCGGCAAGCUCUUCCUCGUCGGCAAGGUCCGUGACAUCCCCGGCGCGGCGCACCUGCUGCGGUACUACGCGGGCGCCGCCGACAAGAUCCACGGCGAGACGCUGAAGAUGGCGCAGCGGAUGCACGGGUACACGCUCAAGGAGCCCGUGGGCGUGGUGGGCCACAUCGUGCCGUGGAACUACCCCAGCACCAUGUUCUUCUUCAAGGUCGGCCCGGCGCUCGCCGCCGGGUGCACCGUCGUCGUCAAGCCCGCCGAGCAGACGCCGCUGUCGGCGCUCUUCUACGCGCACCUCGCAAGGGAGGCCGGCGUCCCCGACGGCGUGCUCAACGUCGUCCCCGGGUUCGGUCCCACGGCCGGCGCCGCUGUCGCCUCGCACAUGGACGUCGACAAGGUCAGCUUCACGGGUUCCACGGAGGUCGGACGCGUCGUCAUGAAGGCCGCCGCCGAGAGCAACCUCAAGCCCGUCUCGCUCGAGCUCGGUGGCAAGUCUCCGGUCAUCGUCUUCGACGACGCCGAUCUCGACAUGGCCGUCAACCUCGUCAACCUCGCCACCUACACCAACAAGGGCGAGAUCUGCGUCGCCGGCACACGCAUCUACGUGCAGGAAGGGAUCUACGACGCGUUCGUGGAGAAGGCCGCCGAGCUCGCCAAGAAAUCGGUGGUCGGAGACCCGUUCAACCCGCGUGUCAAUCAAGGCCCUCAGGUUGACAAGGACCAGUACCAGAAGGUUCUCAAGUACAUUGAUAUGGGAAAGCGCGAAGGCGCCACGCUGGUCACCGGAGGGAAGCCCUGCGGCGACAAGGGAUACUACAUCGAGCCUACCAUCUUCACGGACGUCAAGGACAACAUGACGAUCGCGCAAGACGAAAUCUUUGGGCCGGUGAUGGCGCUCAUGAAAUUCAAGACGGUUGAGGAGGUGAUUCAGAAAGCGAACAACACCCGGUACGGCCUAGCAGCUGGAAUUGUGACCAAGAACAUCGACAUCGCCAACACGGUAUCGCGGUCCAUCCGUGCAGGUGCCAUCUGGAUCAACUGCUACUUCGCAUUCGACCCCGACGCGCCAUUCGGGGGGUACAAGAUGAGCGGAUUUGGCAAGGACAUGGGCAUGGACGCCCUGGAGAAGUACUUGCAGACCAAGACCGUGGUCACUCCUCUAUACAACACGCCCUGGCUCUGAUCGGUCUCAUCCUUCCAUUCAUCACAGAAAAAAAAACAAGAAGAAACAUGUCUUGUAUUAUUAUAUACAACAGAUAAAAAGGGAAAAAGGAUGGGUUGGCUGUAGUUAUAUUAUGUUCUUUUACCUGCAUGGAUUGAUGAUGUAGUACAAUGUAGCAUGGACUUGUUUAAAACAAUAAAGACAUGUUUCGGAUUGCUUUCAGUUGGA